GCGCUGCCGAGGCGGUUAACGUGAGGAAGGCGUGUUGGUAGUGCGACGCUCCAGACGCUGCAUAGUCGCUUUGUGGCUGUUUCCUUGCAAACAUAUCCUCUCUGCGACGCGAAAGCUGUUCCUCGCAUGAAGUCUCGUGCAACAGCCUUGUCUUCGUACCGCAGUGGUGAUAUCUCAAGCUGACUAACAUGCACGUCGUGGGACACACGAACCGCGUCGAACACGUCGUCAUGCGCCAAGGCAAGCCGGUAUCCUCACAUCAGGCUGGCCUUGCCUGUUCUCGCCGGUCGCAGGCAUCCACUCGCUUACCACUCUCUUGUCUCUUUCUAUGCCUUAGUUUGGCUGUCGUGAGGCGCUGGACAUGGUUCAGCCCGCCAAGCGCAAAACGGCUGACGGCACCGCGGGCCCUGCUGGCGACCUGAUCGAACCACGUCCGAGGAUAUCUCCGUGCCACCCGACGUGAGCUGGCCUGGAGGACUCAUGGCGGAGGCUGAAAAGGCGGGACCCGCGCCCGUGGACUUGGAGAGAGAGUUGACGUGCUCGAUAUGCACCGACCUCCUCUACCAGCCGCUUACGCUGCUUGACUGCCUCCACACCUUCUGCGGCGCGUGUUUGAAGGAGUGGUUCGCCUUCCAAGCCUCGACCGCCACCUCCAUCCACCCGUACACCUGCCCGUCAUGCCGGGCUUCCGUCCGCGCGACGAAGCCAAAUGCCACCGUGACAACGCUGCUAGACAUGUUCAUACAAGCACACCCGCAUAGAGGAAAGAGCGAGCAAGAGAAGCAGGCUGAUAGAGACAAGUUCAAGUAUGGGGAUGUGGUCAUGCCAAAAUUGCGGAGGAGGGCCGUGCAAGACGAGGACGAGGAGCGCAGAGUGCUCGAAGAGGUGCAGCAGUUGAGCCUGAGAGAGGUGGGCAUCGAUUCAACGACCAACGUAGCUACUGUGGACCAUCUAGAGCCGCCGCGGGAGAGGAGGAGGAGAGAGCGGAGAGAGCACAGCGGAGACAGACGUGAAAGGAGCGCGGACACGAGGGGUGCAGAUAGACGAUCUGGGAGUCGGAAUCAGGCCGGUGUGUCGUCUGCGACCCGCGAGGUGGUCCCUCCAAGAGUUAUCGAACAUCAGUCGAGCUUGAGGAGCUUGCUUAGUGCAAGUGAGCUGGAUUCGCAAGAGAUGGAAGAAGAGAUCAUGCGCCAGAUCAUGGAGGAAGGCUUGUUGGAUGGUAUCGAUCUCAACAACAUCGAUGUUGCUCAAGAGGAUGAGAUCAGCGAGAGGAUAGCUCAGGCAUACCGGAGACGGCAGGAGCAGAAGAGAAGGGAACGACGGGAGCGAAGGGAACGGCUUGCAAGAGAAGGCCAGAUCAGCGCAUCGGGCACCUCCACGCCUGAGAUACGAAGUCCGCCUGCCCGGGAGGAUGACCCACAGCGGAGGAGAACCCACGCAAGGUCUUCGAGUAGCACACCAAUUCCUCGAGAUAGAGAUAACAGGCCCCCGGUAUCCAGACCAGGGCUCUUGGAUGUUGCAAACCAAGGAUCGCGUACACGGCACACUCGGUCUUCUAGUCAGGGCAGCUCGAGAUCAGCUAGGGAACACCGGCCCACGCCUUUAGCAGUCUCAUCCACACGGGCACACAACAACUCGCAACCAGAAUUACUUGGCCCAACCUCAGCAUUGGCCAAUAACUCUGAUCGAAGGCGUCAAUCAGAUAACGAGCAGAGAAGUACCCUUGAAGGACGAGACCAGUUCCGGAGUAGCCUCCAGACCCACACUUUCUCAAAUCCUGACUCCCCGCGAAGGGCCGCCUUCAAUUUCAUCACAAAUUCAGAGAAUCCGACCACUGGUUCGCCAGUUGUGGCAUCGCCCGUGACGAGCCCUAUCUCUUCAGUUCCACCACCCGCAACUGCGCCAGCCGUUUCUGCUUCUCGCCGAACUACAGAUCCCACCGGCAUCAGACAGCCCCGCGCCCCGCAUACUACCACACCACCCACUGCAACUCCACCUACGUUCCCUCGCUCCACGACUGACCCGGCUAUUGGCCAGUCGCAUUCACCGGCUGCAUCGGCGACCGCACCAGCAGCACCACCAACCAUGUACCCGGAGCCUCGCAUUUCGUGUCGCGGUUGUGGAAGGGAUCACAUUGAGUACGAGCUACACUACAACUGCUCACAGUGUGAUGAAGGGGGAUACAAUCUGUGCCAGCCUUGCUAUCGUCGCGGAAAAGGUUGCAACCAUUGGUUUGGAUUUGGGUGGGCGGCAUGGCCAGCCUACCAAGCAAAGGCACCACCUGGUGGCUAUCCUGCGAAUCACGACCUUCCUCACAUCAUGCGAGGGCAUCGGUUUCGAAAACCGCAAGCGCGACUCACUGAAACAGCAGCAGCAGCAACACCACAUGUUUUGCAGAGCGAGGAUGAUCCUUCACAUAGACUCGAAAGCGGCGUCUUUUGCGACAGAUGUGCGCAGUGGGCGGAUGGGUGUUAUUGGAAAUGCGACUACUGCAACGAAGGCGAAUGGGGAUACUGCAAUGACUGCGUGAACCAGGGCAGGCAUUGCACACAUGCACUUCUUCCCAUCUCGCAUGUAGGAAGGGAGCGCGCAUCUUUAUCGUCCACUCCUGCAGCCACGAAUACUGAACGACCAUCAACGCCUCGAUCAAACCACCUCGCGCCCCCUUCCGCUCUCGAUUCUUCCCCACCAACAUCGCCACCCCUCACACCCAAAGCCGCAUCCCUCAUCAGCGGCCCCGGCCACGUCACCCUCGCCAAAUCCACCUACCGCCCUCUCACAUUCACAACACUCUGCAACAUCUGCACAUAUCCGAUACCCCCGUCGCACACACGGUACCACUGUCUGCAAUGCAACAGCGGAGACUACGACAUCUGCUCCGGUUGCUACCAAAAGCUCGUCCUCUCGGGUCGCAUCAGCAAAGAGGACGGCAUGCACGGCUGGCGCCGCUGCCUACGUCGUCACCGCAUGAUCGUUGUGGGCUUCGAAGACCGCGACGGCGGCCAGCGCCGCGUUGUCGUCCGUGAUCUCGUUGGCGGCUUCUCUCUCCGCGAUGAGACGGAAUCUGUCUCUCCACCGUCGCCCUCCCAGCCAGCCCACGCGGAGAAGUGGACGUGGCGCGACACUGACGGCUCCCGGCAGCAGUUCCGGUCGCCAAAUAUGCCAAGGUCGGCGCUGUCAACGCAGCGCUUCCCGCCGGAUGGUGGUGUCGGGUUGAGGAUUCAGGCUCGCUGGAGCUACUUUCCUGCUGAGGGGGUGACGGAUGAGCUGGCGUUUCCGAAGUUCGCGGAAAUUACGGAGGCGGAGGAUAUCAAUGGGGACUGGUGCUGGGGUGUGUAUGCGGGGACGAAAGGGUUGUUUCCGGGCGGGUACGGGAGGGUUGUUGGGGGAAGUGGGGAGAGGGAGGCUGCGCGGGCGCUCUCCCAGGCAGACCUCCCGCCGUCGGUGGAGAAGGCCUACUACAAGAAGUGCAUUGAUCUUCGACGGCGCAUAACCGACAUCGAGGAGAGCAACGAUGGCACCCGCGUGCGCAUCCGGCGUCUGCACCGCGGCAUCCAGAAGAUGCGCCUCGAGCGCGCAUUCCUCCUCGAGCAGCUCCAGAAGCACAUGGAAUUCAACAUGGAUGACUCGGACCGGAGUAGCAGUCCGCCGCCGACGCCCACCGACAAGCCGCUGAGGAGCAAGCGCAGCCAUCGCAAAGGCACACCGCCCGCAGGCUCGCAGACGGGUGGCGCUGCUUCCGCGCAACAGGAGAGCCCCAGCAAUUCCCACCACCAGCCGCUUCUCCACGCGAUGAACCCCAUGUCCUCGGCGCAGAGCACGCCCGACCCAAGUCGCUCCAACAACCCCUUCUUCACCAACGUCGGCGCGACCGCUACCUCCCCACACGCCGUCAAUGGGAACGCGCAAGCAAUCCUUCCACCCCUGCACUCGCUGCCCCCGCUGCAGCCCCAUCGUGCUCCGGAGCCCACGCGCGGCGCCUACUUCGACCCCGUGAACGACGAGGCGCGACCGCCGCCUGGAGAGACCGAUCCGGAGUAUGCUGGCCGACGACGCACGCUUUCCGGUACGAAUCCGCCUGUGUCAGAACCACGCGAGGUGCAGAACGGCGAUACCGAGAUGACGGACGCCGCAGGCUCUGGCUUCACGUCCGUGAACAGGGGUUAGAGGUCCCAUCUCGGGCGGGUAAUGUUUGAUCCUACUCGAGGCUGAGCUGGUGUGCACGCGCCGGAGAUGGUUAACCACUGCUUCUUCGGGAACCUGUAUUGCCUGGUCCGGCUUUGUACUUCCACACGUGGUCUUUGGUGAUGCUGAAAGGUAAUGGCGUUAGGCAAGGCUUCUUUCUUGAGCUUGAGUGCUUUGUUUGGGUCGAGCGAGCGCGCUCAUCUGGUUACAUGGAGUAUUGAUUGUAUGAGUAUAGAACGGGCCCCGUUCACAUUUUUAGUUCUCUACGAGCCGAUUCCAGAGCGAUUGGCGGCUAAGGAUAGUUCAGUCUCAAUGAUAUCGCAUGCGAUACAACAUCAACACGACGAAGCGCCCUGCAAAACUAUCAUGUGUCACUUGCGUACAUCGAAGUCAAAACCUGUUGGUGGUGUUUCCACUGAC